AUGCACGGCAUCUCAAUCCCAGCGCACCAGUACUCACGCUUCGCGGAGACGUACCUGCAACUCAAGGGACGUAGGGAAUGGGAGUGGACGAGGACACUUGCAGCUGCCUGCAGGUCGUUCACACGUGUUGUGCUCCGCCUCCGCGCUCAAGCAGAAACCGAGGCGCGCGCUGCCUCCGCUGUGGCGCGCGACAGGGCUCGCAGUCCGGGCCGUGGAUGGGGAGGCUCGACGACGUCCGUGAACCACAUACCGCAAGGCGUGCAGAAGAGGAGCUUCUCGAGGGGUUCCAGUCGCGCGCCCUCUCCGACGUCGAUGUUCAGCCGCUCUCAUCACGGCCACCCCGGCCAUUCGCGCAACGGCUCACAAGCUGGACAGGCCCUCCAUCACAGUCCGAGUGUCGCGCAGUUCCACGGCUCUGGACAGGGGAAUGGAACGGGAACGUUCCAGUCUCCUUUGUUCCGCUUGCGGAGGGCGCCCUUGUUGCAGGUGUUCGUCCCUUCGCCGGAAGGCGAGUGGCUGUCGGACGCCAGCGUGCUAGAGUGCGAACAGGAACUGAAGCGUGCUGGGGUGCUGCACCUACUGCGCCCGGGUGACGUCGUGUGGGACACAGCGGUUGGCGACGAAGGGAACAUGGGGCGGCUGGUGUGGGACGGGAGCUAUCUCAUCGACCUGGAUUACACGUACUCGCGUUCGGGCGACCUGCCGAAGUACCUGCCGACGCUCGCGUUCCCGCCUUCAUACUUCCACCGGGUGAUUCGCACGAUGGGAAGUGGCAACCCUAUUUGCCAUAUCGACAUUUCGCCGUGGGGCGAAGAGGUCGCGACGAACCUCCAGCUGCUGCAGGACAGGAUGAAGACCGAGACGCCACAGGGCGGACACCACGUGGUCGUACGGUGGGUGCAUCGCUCUUCGUUCACCGUCCGCCCCCCGCCGAGCGGCAAGCCGCUUCGUAUUUCGGUUCCGAAGAGCAUCGGACCAGGUCCCGGUCCAGGCGGCGCUUGGUUCAUCGACCCCGGUUGGUACGGCACUGUCGUCGUCGAGGCCGAGGGCACGAACGAGGGCCUCGCGGACUUGCAGGACAGGUGCCGCGGCGCGUUCCCCACUCGAGCUAUUGGCGCCAACCCGAGCUUGAGCGUGAGUCCGGAGCGUGAGGCGCGGAUGGAGGAGAGGAGGAGCGUGUUCCGGAUUAUGAGGGAGAGGAGUCGUCCCGGGGAGAUAUGGAUCAAGACUGUUACAGAAAAGGAGAGGUUGUUGCCUCCUUGA